AUGUUGGCACCAACAACAGACUCGACCUUGACACCAUUCUUGAAGAAUAAUAAGGUUGGCAUGGCAGAAAUCUCAUUCUCAGAAGCAACAUCAGGAACAGCAUCGACAUCGACCUUGAAAAAGUGGGCAGAAGGAGUAGCGUCGGAGAUUCUGUCGAGGACAGGUGAGAUCAUCUUACAAGGACCACACCAGGUAGCAUAG